AUCAGCAAUUCUACUACAGUAACAUUUCCACCGGGAUGGCUAUGUCUACUUCACCACCACCAGCGGCCAGUGCUCCGCAGCCACCGAUGGAGAUGCAUGAGGGAGCCCCACUAGACCGGCGUGUAUUUGAUACCUGGGACGAGUUCCAUGCGUACAUGGAGACUUACGCACGCCGCAGCUUCCAGCUCUUCCGUAAGCGAACAUCGACGUCUGUAAAGCUGCGCAACCGGCGCGUGGCCGAGCGCUUCUCGUCCAAGAUGCCGGCAGAUAGUGUCCGGGCCGAUAGCGCCCGCUUCAUCCCGGAGUCAUAUCGGAAUUACUCGCUCACGCUCGUGUGCACGCACAGCGGAGCCUUCGUGUCCCGUGGAACUGGACAGCGAUCUCGGCAGGAUGUUCGAGCCACGCAUUGCAACGUACAAGUCAACGCAUGCCUGAAGUUGGCGGACCCCGUGACUAAUCGCUAUCAGGUGAACGUGACACGGGCGCUGCUAACGCAUAACCAUCGCGUGGACAAAGAGACGUUCUUGCGGUACAGCAACACCAGACUCAAUCUCCCAGAUGAACUGCUCAGCUGUGUUGAGCUCAUGAGGAAAACAGGAGUAAGGCCCAAGGACAUUCGCACUUACAUCAUGGAGCACUCGAAUUGUGCCCCGACGCUCAAAGACGUGCAAAAUAUUCUGCAUCGACUGCGCCACCAGGAAGAAGCCGCAGUAGCCGCUGCAAGGAAUACCGACCAACAGCAAACAGAAGCCGUUGCAGUGUGCAAUACCAAUAGAAACGAGUCUGUUGCUCCAAAACUGACGGCAGAUGAGCAAGUCUUGCAUGACUAUCGCUUCACCUUAUCUGCUUCCGCGGACGAGGCACCCAACCCAGUGGACCCCACAACGCAGUUCAAGGUGGCCCGCGCAAUGGGAAAAGCAGUUGCUUCUCUGCUAGCCGAAGUGUCAGCUACUGAUUUUUCACGCGCGUUCCGUGUGCUGGAGGUGGCUACCAGCAUCGCGCGCGAACGGCGAGAAGAAAAGCAAGCCCAAACCAAAGACACAAAUGCCGAGGAUGAGACGACGACGAUAGGGGCAAGUGCUGGUUCCAGUGGCACCGACGUAGCCCUUUCAGCCGAUGAUCCCUGGUCACGAGCCUUGUAGUACGUCAUUUUUGAUUAGCAUCUAUCAUGAGUUCUAGUCGCGAGUUUUCAGUGAGGGUAUGCUUUAAACCUUGUUGGUUGGAAAGAGCAUUCACCUGAUCGAUGGAAGAGCGACGAAAGUGAAGCAGAUGAGUUUCGGCAACAACUGCAGCACAAGUCGUAUCAGCGAAGUGCCGAUGCUCGCAAGCAACCAACGCUUUCUUCUUAGACCUUCGAGUGCUUCAAAACGCUUUUGUGACGAUAUCUACUGGCGGUGUCAUGUCUUGAAGCGAACAAGGCGAAGUGGAUACAAUCGUUCAGCGAAGAGUUGGCGUUGAAAUCUGCUCGGCUGCAUGGUGAGAUCGCUGUCGACAGCGGAAAAUGUGCAGCAGUGCACGGUGCAGUGCAGCAGCGCUGGCAGCCUGCACAAUGUAGGCAAUAAAAUAAAUUGCGCAGAACCUUCGUUUACUAUUGAUAAGCUUCUCCAAGUCUCCUUCACUGCCGGCUGUAGAGCAAUCGCUGGCAGGGAGGGAUUUCCCUGCAACGCUGGACCAGCGCCGACCAGGACUGCAACUCCCUUUUUUGCUUUUUCCAAAUCAGGUUUGCUCCGGAUACUGGCUCUGGUAGCCAGCACGAGAGCGAAGAGCCACCAAUGCC